UGGUCCAAGCCUUGCCCUCUGACCACUACCGCCACCAGUUGACAACACACCACUAUGGUGAGAGCAGAGCGAAAAUAUGUCGACCUCAUGCGGCAAUCUGCUUAUGACUACUGGGCUAACUGGGAUCCAGAGGACCCAAUCGAGGUCGGAUCGUACGGCCGUUUUGAUCUCGAUACAACACGAUUCACUGUCCUUGGUAACAUCUAUGAUCCGGAAUUCCAAGUCCUACUUGAUGCUGUCGAUGGGAAGGUCAAGAUGUCAGACUAUCCGCCAGUGUUGGAUCCAGUAGAGCAGGAUAAGAUUAUCACCUCCUCGGGUACCAGGAAGCAACCCUUUAAUCCAGGGGCAGAUGCCAAGAAAGAGAACUUCAACAAAGCUUCAUUCAAGAUGAAUUUUAAGUUCCACCCGGGCAAGCGAGGUGCCGUACUCGUCAUUCACAAGCCCCGUCUGUAUCACGUUCCAUGCAACAAAAUCCUCGACGUGCUAUACAGAAUACCAGAGCUCAAUGGCCUGUGGAUUGUUCCAUCAGUCUACAAGUGCCGCGCGUGGUCUAUUUAUCUGUCAAGUAAACUCGACGAGAUUGUUUCUGUGGCACUUCUUCCGUCGCAGGGCUUCGACCUUGCAUGGUGGUCCAACUCGGACUCGGAGUUCCUCCGCCAGGGCACCGACAAGGAUAGCUUCGUCUCACCACUCUUCACCGCAAAGCAAAAGCUCCCAUUGAUCCGACGCUACUUGCGCGAUAUGCCUACACCAGACCCCGAACCAGGUGACAAAUUUUGGAUAGAGGGAAGUGCAGGUUGGGAGCCCGUUGAUGAGGAUGGUUAUGAUGAUCCUAUUUGGGAUGGGGAUUACGAGCCGACUGUAGCGAGAGUGUGGCGACGCAUCACAUGUAAAUAUACGACGCGGUGGUGAAUACUUACCACCUUCCAACAUGAUCUUUGCGAUUAUUUGCGUAUUGUAGGAUGUAGUGCGGACAGGUCAGAUUAUCACGGACUAGGCAGCGUCUCAGAAUAAGUACGGGCCAAGCUGAAAAUAUCAUAGUGAAAUUCUCGUUC